GACUCAAAUGACAAAUAAUCCAGUGUACAAAGGACAAACAAAGUAGUAACUUACUCCUUGGAACAGAAAAUCCGGCUUGUUACAGCGAAGAAAGAAGUCAGCAGUCUUUCAACUUUCAUAAAAAGAUAUGUUUUUUAAUAGCUCAACGCGUUUCAACGUUUAAACGUCUUUAUCAAGAGCAAAAUUUAAAAACAAGAAUAAAAAUGGUAAAGACAAAUGACUGAAUAUGUAUGACUGAAGAGGCAUACGUUCUUGAAGCUUAACUACUGCAGCAUAUGGAGUUGCAUGCAUGGGGAGAAACUCUGGAAGAGGCCUUUGAACAAUGUGCAAUGGCGAUGUUUGGAUACAUGACAGACAUAGAAACUGUUGAGCCACUAGAUACUGUUGAGGUGGAAGCUGAAGGACAUGACCUGAUCUCGCUUCUUUACAACUUCUUGGAUGAAUGGCUGUAUAAAUUUAGUGCCGAUUUAUUUUUUGUUCCCCGGGAAGUAAAAGUUUUGCACAUUGAUCGAAUAAAUUGUAAGAUCCGCUCUAUUGGGUGGGGAGAGGAAUUUAAUUUGGCAAAACACCCCCAGGGUACAGAGGUGAAGGCCAUUACUUACUCAGCUAUGCAGAUUCAUGAAGAUGAGAAGCCAGAGGUCUUUGUCAUCAUUGACAUCUGAGUUGGUGGGACAUGGGAAUGCCCCAGUGCAGAUUCCUCCUGUUUGCUACCUCCUAUUUAUUGUCUUCUUUUUCGUGGCGUUGUAAAGGGACCUUGAGCUCUUAAGUAAUACUGACAGAGAUGUACAAUUUGAUAUGGAAGCUGAUAUAGUGAAUGCUGCUAACCUAUCCAGAUUUUAAAUGUAAAUACUGAUACCAUUACAUGCUGCUAGCUAGUGUGCAAUUGAUAGCAAGCAGGGUGACACAUGUAGAUUUUUAAUUAAAAUGUAUUUGCCUUA